GGUCCUACACUCCUACUCCCUUAUUUAUUUUUGUGUUGCUUGGUCUCGGUUGAAUUUUCGUCACUCGGUCACUCCUUUUUGCUACCCUGUUGGGGAAAAAAAAUAGAAAAAGGAAAAAGAAAACAAACAUGAGAUUGGGAGGAGGAACGCAGUCCUAGGCCCCGCUACAAGAAGGUUGAGAAAGCGAGACGAGAAUCCAAUUUUUACAACAUACUCGCUUGCAGGCUUAAAAUAUUCAGGUUUUUAUGGUGACGACGAUGGGUUAUCUGGGCUUUUUUUAGUUUUUCGGUUUCUGUUCUUAACUUACUUGAAGAAAGAGAACUCAGCUUUGAAGUUUGAGCUAAAAUCCCAAACCCCGUGAGAGAUAGAUAUUUGGGUUUCUGUGAUUUCUUUUUUUAUUUUGAGUAGAAUAUGAGUAACUGGUUGGGUUUUUCUCUGACGCCACACCUGAGCAUCGAUGAAGGCUUUGGAGAAGGAGAGGGAGGAUUCUCCUCUCAUCUGUCGGUCAUGCCUUUGCGUUCUGAUGGCUCUCUUUGUGUUAUGGAUCCCUUCAGGCGGUCUCAUGGAGGAGACUGGAGGUACGAGAGCACCAUGGCUACGGCAACUAAUCCAGAGAGAGAAGGACCCAAGCUCGAAGAUUUCUUGGGUGGUUACUCCAAUUCUUCUCAGGAUAACAACAAUGUAUACUACCAAAGCCAGCAACAAUCUUUCCACCAAAGAGGUCAAAAUCCCGAUAGUGGAUGUGGAAUCAACGUGAACGUACCUCCAACAUUCAACAAUAACGGAGAGAGAGAAAGAGAAGAAAAUCCUACGGACCAGUCUUCGUUAAUCCAAUCUUUCCAUUAUAACGAGAACCCACAUGCCAUUCUCCCAACUGUACAUCUUCAAGCCACUAACCCCAACCCUAACCCCGGUAACAGUCUGUACCACGUUCCUCUUGAUAGUGCAACAUCAAUUUCUGGGUUCAAGUCGUGGUUGCGCCAGACACCGUUUUCAGGUGAGAAAUCUUCUGCGGAAGCGAACUGUAACUUCCAGUCGCUCUCGCUCUCUAUGAACCCGGGCUCUCAGACUGGAGUCCCUGGACUUGCGUCGUCACCGGGGUCUGACAACCGAAAACGGCAGGUUGGGAAAGCUGUUAACCGAGAGCCAGUGCCGCGUAAGUCAAUCGAUACAUUUGGACAACGAACAUCUCAAUACCGUGGUGUUACGAGGCAUCGAUGGACUGGAAGAUAUGAAGCCCAUUUGUGGGAUAACAGUUGCAGAAAGGAAGGACAAACAAGGAAAGGAAGACAAGUUUAUCUCGGUGGGUAUGACAAGGAAGAGAAGGCAGCUAGAGCUUAUGAUUUAGCUGCUUUGAAGUACUGGGGUCCUACAACUCAUAUUAAUUUUCCGCUGAGUACCUACGAGAAGGAACUUGAAGAGAUGAAAAACAUGACCAGGCAGGAAUUUGUCGCCCACUUAAGGAGGAAAAGCAGUGGUUUCUCAAGAGGGGCCUCUGUAUACAGAGGAGUAACGAGGCAUCAUCAACAUGGAAGGUGGCAAGCUCGGAUAGGAAGGGUUGCAGGGAAUAAGGACUUGUACCUUGGAACAUUCAGCACUCAAGAAGAAGCAGCUGAGGCGUAUGAUAUCGCAGCAAUCAAGUUCCGAGGGACAAGUGCAGUAACCAACUUCGACAUUAGCAAGUAUGAUGUGAAGCGCAUCUGUUCCAGCACCACUCUCAUCACCAGUGAUCUCGCAAAGCGCUCCCCAAACCCAAAAGAUUCAGCUCCUAUUAUCCCUGAUGAUCAGAAUUCGUCUGUAUCCUCGGCUCCUCCUCAACCCCCUCUUGCAAUAACAAAUGGUGGGCCCUCUGAUGAAUUGGCUGAUAUGGUGUGGACCAACGGUGAUGAACAGCAACAUCAACAGAAUCUAAACGCCAACGAGAGUGCCUCGUUGAUACCAUCUAUGAGCAAUCCGAAUUCUUCUAACCCACAAAGCCCAAAACAUACACUUGCAUCACAUAGCGACUUCGCAGUGGCCGGCGGAGAUUUCUCACAGACACUCUUCUCGCUGCACACACCCAAGUACGAGAAUGGCGCCACCAAUAGCGGCGAGCACAGUACGAGCAAUGGUGGAAGCGACAACGUCAACUGGAUGGUGGCGGGGCGGUCUGGGAGUCUGCCUGUGGUUCACCAGCUUCCAAUGUUCGCAUUGUGGAACGAGUAAAAUGAUUGAAGCACAACCAGAUCAUCAGCUAAAAGGUUUCAUCUUAUAUAGGGAUAUGAUUCAUACAACGAAAGGAAGAAAAAGAAGAGCUCUGAAGAUUUUAGGAAGACAUGGUUGGGUACUAACACAAAAAUUUUCAAUGUUCCCCUGUGUACAUGAACUCUAGUUGAACGCUUUUUUGCAAUUACUAGCCAUUGACAGCAGGAAAUCAAAAAUGAAAAAGCAAAUUAAAGAAAGGAUGCAAUAAUGUUUA